GGGGCCCGGCGGCGGGGAGAGGGAAAGCCGAGCCGAGAGGGCGGGGCGAGGUAGUAAAAGCGACCCUCCCACGCGCUCCGGAGGACGCGCGGGCAGCACCGCCGCCGUCGCCACCACCACCACCAGCGGCAGCAGCUGCGCUUCCUUAUCAGCGGCGGUGCUGCGCGCAAGAGGAGCGCGCUAAGGCCGUGGCCCUUGGUGGUGCGGGAGCAGCAGAAGGAAGAGGGAGCCUGCGUGGCGCCGGCGGCCAUGGCGGAGCUGCGCGAGAUGGACUGCGGCGUGCUGCAGCGCCUCCUGCACGGCGGGGGCUUCGGCCAGGGGAAGUGCCUCCUCUUGGACUGCAGGCCUUUCCUGGCGCACAGCGCGGGCCACAUCCGCGGCGCGCUCAACGUGCGCUGCAACACCAUCGUCCGGCGCAGGGCCAAGGGUUCCGUCAGCCUGGAGCAGAUCCUGCCGGCCGACGACGAGGUGCGCGCCCGCCUCCGCUCGGGACUCUACUCGGCCGUCGUGGUGUACGACGAGCGCAGCGGGCGGGCGGACGCGCUGCGGGAGGACAGCACCGUGGCGCUGGUGGUGCGGGCGCUGCGCAGGGACACGCAGCACGCCGACAUCUGCCUACUGAAAGGUGGCUAUGAGAGAUUUCACUCGGAAUAUCCGGAAUUCUGUACAAAGACAAAAUCUCCUACUGCUGCGUCCAUUGUGGCGACUGCAGAGUACCUUGAGCACAGCUGCAACUCCUGUGGGACACCACAACACGACCAGGGUGGCCCAGUGGAAAUCCUUCCAUUCCUCUUCCUUGGCAGCGCGCAUCACGCCGCCCGGAGAGACAUGCUGGACGCCCUGAGGAUCACCGCCUUGUUGAACGUUUCCUCGGACUGCCCAAACCACUUUGAAGGACAUUUUCAAUACAAAUGCAUCCCGGUGGAAGACAACCACAAAACGGACAUCAGCUCCUGGUUCAUGGAAGCGAUUGAAUACAUAGACUCCGUGAAGGCCUGCCACGGCCGUGUCCUAGUGCACUGCCAAGCAGGCAUUUCCCGAUCGGCGACCAUCUGCCUGGCCUACCUGAUCAUGAAGAAGCGGGUGAAACUCGAGGAAGCCUUCGAGUUUGUCAAGCAACGCCGGAGUAUCAUCUCCCCCAACUUCAGCUUCAUGGGACAGCUCCUCCAGUUCGAGUCCCAGGUUCUGGCUACGUCGUGUGCCGCUGAGGCCGCUAGCCCAUCGGGGACGCUGAGGGAAAGGGGGAAGAGCUCUUCCACACCCACCUCCCAGUUUGUCUUCAGUUUCCCGGUCUCGGUGGCUGUGCACUCCACUGCCGGCAGCCUCCCUUACCUCCACAGCCCCAUCACCACUUCUCCCACUUGCUAGAGGAGGCCUCUGUGGGUUGCGCCCGGGGGGUGACCCAAGGACAGAAAGCCGGGCAGCCCCAUUGGCCACUGAUAAUGGCAAUAACGUACUCUGCCCACCCAGCAGCCAAUCAGAGUCCACCCAGAGACAGAGCAAUAAUAGCUAUCCUUGCAGCUGGAAUAUUCGGGUGGGGCGAGGGAGGAUGCUGGAGCAUGUCUUUUUGUGGCAAGAUGACUUACCUCAUUUUUUAAUAUAUAUAUAUAAUAUAUAAAAAUGUUUGAAAUUGUGAAAUUGUCACGUUCUGGUGUGUGGGGAAGAGUGAGAGGGACACACGACAGGAGGAGGGAGUUCACUGUUUUGCCAAUGUUCCUCUUAGUGCAUUUCCCCAGCUGGUUCCUGGUGCGUAUAUGAGGCCUAAAGCAUGGGGUUUGAGGCCACAGCUUCUCAAAGUGCCUGGUUUUUGGUUGCUGCUAUUAAAUAAUAAUAAUAAUAUUUUAUUAAUUAUGAAACCCAGGGUGGUUUUGAAGCGGGAGUAUUACCUCACGAAGCCGUUCUUGGGUUCCACAGAAGCAGCUCCGUGUAAAAAGAAUCGGAUCGAAAAUGGCUUGUUUUCUGACCAAGCGUAACAAACACACUUGUUUAGGAAAUGUUGGUGUAGAGCUGGAAUCGGAACACCCCGCCCGCCAUAUUCAGUGUGGAAUUUCCUCACAGUUGGCACUUGGUUCCUUGCAUAAGCAGUGCCCUUUCUGCAUACAUUGGAAGGAAAAUGACUCUUAACCCCUGCUUUGGAUUUUGGGCAUCCUGUUUAUAUGGACCGCUCUCUGUGGUUCUAGAGAGGAAUAAGCUACCAGCCUUGGCAAUAAGCUACCAGAUGUUGGACUGCACUCCCCCAUCAUCCCCAGCCAAUAUGGCCGAUAGUCAGGGAUGAUGGGAGUUGUAGUUCAGCAACACCAGGAGAGUGCCAGCUUGGUGAUGGCUCCGCUAGCUUACGUAGCCUCUUCUCCCUGGGUACUGCAUGCCCCAAUCCAAUAUUGGUUUCACCAGCAUCUAGGGUCCCCCCAACCUGAAAUCUGUACCCUGGAAAAAAUUCCUAAUGCAUUUUUUAAAAAGCAAUGUCUAGAAGCGAAACAUUCUAAUCAGCUAUAUUGUGAUCUGCUACACGUAAGCAGCACCAAAAUUAAGCAAUACUUGUGCGCGUCAGAGUAGCCCUACAGUAAAGAUGCAGAGGAAGACCACCUCUUGGAGGGGUAGGCAGAGUAAGAUGCCCGACAAUAAAAAGGGAACUUCACGUUGACUCUUUGGCUUUCGGAUUUCUCGAUGUUUACCUUCUGUGGGGUGCAGACAAAUAUGGAAUAAUUAUUAUUAUUAUUAUUUAUUUAUACCCCGUCCAUCUGGCUGGGUUUCCCCAGCCACUCUGGGCAGCUUCCAACAGAAAAAUGAAAUAAAAUAUUCACAAACACAGUGCAUCCACUGGCAUGCAUCAGGUAGGGUAAAGGGGGGGAUAGGACUUUGUGGCUCCCAUCACCCCUGACCAUUAGGCAUGCUGGCUGGGACCGAUGGGAAUCCAGCAUCUGGAGAGCUGCAGAUUUGUCACUGAGGUUUGCAUGCUGCAACUUCAAUUAUUGAGGCACUAUUUUGUUAAGUGGGGCAAAAGAACAGUGUGGGUGUGUUGGUUCAAUUGGAUAAAAUAGCAAGGAACUUACUUCUAUAUCUGACCACAUGGUAGUGAAGGAAUAUCAUGCAGUGAAAAUGCCUAGGGCAAAGAAUCAAGAGUUGGAAGAGUCCAUGAGGGUCAUCUAGUACCCCGGCAGUGCAGGAACCUUGCUCAAUGUGGGGCUCGAACCCACAACCCUCAGAUUAAGUUUCUCAUGCUCUACCGGGUUUGAGGCUAUUUGGUAGAAGAAAAUUGCAGUCGGAAAUGUCAAAAUCCAGUUGGAUUUUGAAAUUUUAUUAGAACGAACAAAAUGUCACAACUGGUAAGCAAUUCCAGAACUCGUUGUUGGGCUGGAUGCAGAAGCCGAUCCCCAUUUUAAAAAAACAUAAAGCCCUGCUGUUAAUCAGCUCUUUCUCACAUCUUCAAAAUUCUAAAAAAAAUAUAAGUUGCAUGCUUUUAAAAGGAGCUUGCAGAUUUCAUAUUUUCCGGUUGCUGCUGCUUCAUGUACUGGUGGGAACUUCCACAGAUGAUAACGAUGAUGGUUUAUUUAUUGAAUUUAUAUAUCACCCUAUGCCCGCAGGUCUCGGGCGGUUUACAGAAUAAAAUCAAAACAUAAAGCCACGAAAUCCAUAAUCAAAAUAAAAACAAUCCAACAACCCCCCCCCAAAAAACCCACAUUUUAAAAGGGCAUAGGACAGGCUUCCUCAAAGUCUGCCCUCCAGAUGCUUUGAGACUACAAUUCCCAUCACCCCUGACCACUGGUCCUGCUAGCUAGGGAUCAUGGGAGUUGUAGGCCAAAAACAUCUGGUGGGCCGAGUUUGAGGAACCCUGGCAUAGGACAAAGGAUCUGCGACGUUGACAGAUGCCCCGUGUCUCACCAAUAACUCUGCCACUUCGUAGUGUCCAUAUCAACAGGCAUUGUGGAGGGGGCACUAAGCCAGUGUUUUCCAAGCUUGGGUCGCCAGCUGAUGUUGAACUACAACUCCCAUCAUACCUAGCUAGCAGGACCAGUGGUCGGAGAUGAUGGGAAUUGUAGUCCAGAAACAGCGCAAGACCCAAGCUUGGGAAACACUGCCCUAAGCUACUAAUCAAACAAAGAAACAUGUCAAAUAUGUCAAUUUAUUACCCUAAGGCUGAACUUCACCAAACUUGUAUACUGCAGGGUGUAAAAGGUAGGAAGCACGGCUUAAUCGAGGGUCAGCUGUGUUCAUUGGGAUUCUCUGAAGUGGGUCGUAAGGAUUCAGACCAGCCCUUCUUUGUCCUCGUCAUACCUGUUCCCUAAACAUGGGGACUCAGUUUGACCCGUCACUCAGUCGUGGCUCCAGCAUUGUGUACAAGAGUGCUUCUUUUCGUCAGUCCGGAACCUGCUCCUGAUCAGUUUCAACUGCACAAAGGCCUUCAGUAAUACUUGCAGUUAAGUCAUUUAUUUCUGCUGGUUGAUAAACAUCACCCUACUUCUUCCUUCUCUCCACACCUCCCUUCAAAUAUCCUAUUUCUGUUUUCAUUUCCCGAACCGCUUCUUCUUUUCCUUGCCGCAACUUCAAUUUCACCAUUUUUUCUUUCAAUGGGAAAUCUAGUACAGUGGUACCUCUACUUACAAAUAACUACUUAUGAAUGUUUCUACUUACGAAUGGAGCUCCGUCCGCCAUCUUGGAUGCAGUUUAGAUAGGGUUUUUUCUACUUACACAUUUUUAGAUAGGGUUGCUUCGACUUACGAUUUUUUUCUCCCAAUGCAUUCCUAUGGGAUUCGACUUACAAAUUUUUUCGACUUACAAAUGUGCGUUUGGAACGCAUUAAAUUCGUAAGUAGAGGUACCACUGUACAGUAUGGGGCGUUUGUUGUACUACCACAUCACCUAAAAAGCAGCCGCCUCUGUAUUCCAGAGAGGCGGCAACCGGAAGUAGGCUGGAUCCGUAGCUGUUUUGUUGCUUCAGGUGAGGUAGCCAGCUGCUGCCCUUGACCACUUGAGUGUCGGGAGGCCAUCAAACAAGGCGGCCUCCCAAGAAACACACUCCCUAGGGGUGCUCUGAAAGAAUCUGCUGCUGCUUCCCUUUUGCACAAGCCUGGCAGAAAGCUCACUUUCUAUACCCUAUAGCAGACCAAAGAGGAGAGAGACAAAGUUAACUUCAGUCCCAGUGCACAGGGCUCUGGAAUUGUGUGACUGUGUUCUUGUUCAUAAGACCAAAGUCCAGUCAGAGGAGGAGGAGGUGAUGGCAGACCCUCUUGUGGUUGUCACAGAAGAAAUGGAGGCAUAGGAAGAAGCUACCGUGAUCCAUGUUUUCUGCUCCUUGCUAGGCGUCCACUCUCUUCAAAGUACACCACCAUGUACAAUGCCAAUCUGUUGCUUAAAAUGUGUCAGGAGUAUGGGCAGGAGUCAGGCUCUGGGGCCUGUAGUGCUUUGCAGGACUGGGGCCUGCCUCAGCUUGUGCUGGAGAAGCAAGGAGUGGUCACUCAGGUGAGGCCACUUGAUACCUCACUGCACCUGGUGGCAGGAGCUGGGAGGGAUAAAAGCUCAGCAUUUCCCUUCAGCUCUUGGCCAUAGCAACGCUACCCCUGCCUGGUUGCCUCUGGCCUCUCGCUCCUUGGACCCUUGCCUUGCCGACACCUUGAUCCUCAACCCUGGGACCUUUGCCUUGCUGACGCCUUGUUUCUCGACUCCCAGACCUUUGUCCGCCUUGCUCCUUGACCCUGCGACUGCCUGCUGCUGGACCAUCAGCCCUGCACCUGUUCCUGCUUCUACAUCACCAUCUUGCCUCUGGUCCUGACGUCCUCAGUCAGGGCUUCAACCGCCCGUCGACCAGACCGUGACAAAAUGGGGUGGGGUGAGGGGAAAUGGCUUUUUAUUUUCAAUGGGAUUUAGCGCUGUGGGUUAAACCACAGAGUCUAGGGCUUGCUGAUCAGAAGGUCGGCAGUUCGAAUCCCUGCAACGGGGUGAGCUCCCGUUGCUCGGUCCCAGCUCCUGCCCACCUAGCAGUUCGAAAGCACAUCAAAGUGCAAGUACGGUAAAUAGGUACCGCUCCAGCGGGAAGGUACGUUUCUGUGCGCUGCUCUGGUUCGCCAGAAGUAGCUUUGUCAUGCUGGCCACAUGACCUGGAAGCUGUACGCCGGCUCCCUCGGCCUAUAGAGCGAGAUGAGCGCCGCAACCCCAGAGUCGGACACGACUGGACCUGAUGGUCAGGGGCCCCUGUACCUUUAGGAAGGGGUGUAAAUGCUCCCCUGCAAAUUGUGUGACGGCUCAAAUAAAACCUGCUGGGCUUCCCUUAGUUCCCCACAUCGUACGUUCUGCUACUAUUGCUGCUUCACCCCAAAUGCAAAAGCCAAUUUACAGCCCCCAACCACGUGUGUACCCUUGCAAGCAAGCCUUAAGCGAGGAAGCAAAUUGGCCUGUGCCCUUUCUUCUCAGCUCAUCUAAGUAUGGAAUGAUUACAUUGAAGUCUUCAAUUUUCAGUCCCAACGCUUUAAAUCAGACUUACACCCAUGUCUCCUGGUUAUGCUGCUUGCACAGGCACUGUUUAGUUUGUUGUUCUCUCCAUGGCCAAAGGAUAGGAAGCAAAGAUGCCUCCUUGAAGGCAGGUGGCUUAGUCCACUCACCUUUAUGAAUGAGCUUUUGAUACACCUCCCACCAGUGCAAUAGCUCAAACUCCCACCUCUUAUAUUUUUAUGUAUAGGCUGUCUAAAAUGCAUGUGCGUGUGUGUGUGUUUUAGGUUAUCAAGUGUUUAAUUUAUUGUCUGACAAUGAUCAUGCGAAAUAAAUUUUCAGUAAUGGUUUCCUUUCAUACAAAGUAAUAAGAAGCUUUUUGGUCCUGCUUGGGUAUGGUAUUGGAGAGGGGAAAUGGCAAUAGUGAACAAGCUGGUUUAUUUGAAUGGAAUUUGCUAUUCCUCAUUUUAUCAAUGAACCCUAGCCUACACUGGAACACAGUUUAAGGGGGACGAAAUGAGGCUAAAGUGGAGAGGUGUAAAAAUUUGCACCAUAAAACAAAAGGCCCCUGCAUUUUUUCCCCUGCACUUAAUGUAUAAAUACAAAUAGAAUUUACCCAGAUAGUAAAAAGCUAAGUUACACUGCAGAAUGCCAUUUGAGUGUCAGGAAAACCAGGCAUCCUCAAACUGCGGCCCUCCAGAUGUUUUGGUCUACAACUUCCAUGAUCCCUAGCUAACAGGACCAGAGGUCGGGGAAGAUGGGAAUUGUAGUCCAAAACAUCUGGAGGGCCAAAGUUUGGGGAUGCCUGGACUAAACUGUACAACGGGGUGGAACAACCCUAUCGGCUUCAGAACUCCUGUACCUUUUAGAUAACGGCUUUACUGCAAAUGUUAUUUUCACUAAAAAAUAACUGCACCUGUCCUAAUUCCCUCACAGUCACUAUUGCAGAUUAAAGAUCCUUGAAGUUGGAUGACUGCAUUGUUAUAUCAGCAAUUCCCCCUGCAAUAUUUUACUGCUUUAUUCUUUCUUUCUUUUCUUUUUUAAUUGCUAGUCCUAGGGAGAGGCAAGGAGCCACACGAGACAAACCCUUCCACUAGCCUCUUACAGAUUUAUCUCUUCCUGUCUUCCGAGAUUACAGAAAGCGUUGUUCACGCUGUAGAAUAAGCUGUAAGAACCAGAAAGUUUAAAAGAAAUGGAGUGAGCUUGUGCAUCCAAUGCCACACUUUGCGGCAAUGUGGAAAGAAUAGAGGGGUACACACAGCUUUGGCAACAACCAGCCUUUGGAGUAAGCAAUUGAAGAAAGUGGUACAACCUUUGGUGCCUCCCCACCCAUGAUAAAAGCCACCAAAAAAGUGUUUUUAAAAAAGUGUGUUUAUUGAAUCUUAAUCUGUCACAAGUACUUAUAGGUCAGACAUUAAGUUAAAGCACAGUAAUAUCUAAGUUGUUACAUUGGCUUUAUGCAAAAUUCCAUCACAUUGGUUAAGUUAAGAGACUCUAAUAUCCUCUUUUUAGCAAGAGGGGGGCGGGGAAUAAACAUCCCAGUUCCAGGUCACAAACAAUGAAAGGCCAUUUUGGGAUUUCAUAUGUUCUUCUAUGGCCAACAGGUAUUAAGAACACAAGGCUAGCAAUGCAAGCAAGUUAUACAAGGUUUUUUUGUUUUUGUUUUAAAUGCAAAGCUAGUAGUUGGUAGUGCCUAUGGAAAUAACUAGGUGUUAAAAUUGUUAGGAGGGUUGCAUACACAGGUUGAUGGCUACUGCAAAGUUGCCAAUUGCAAAAAAGGGGGGGAAGUUGAGAUUGCAUUGUAACAGACAAGCUUUUAAACCCUUUACCAAACCAAUACUUUGAACUGAACCAGCACACACACAAAUCUACCUUCUGGUCGAUCAGUAAGCUACAAACACGAAUGAGUAUUCACCGCCAUAGACACAUUUCAACUUUGAUGCAUAAUUAGUCUUCUUUUUCCACCUUCACAGCCACAAACCACAAGGACCAUGGAAGGAAGUCAAGGUGAAAAUAUUACCAUCCUCUGUGAUCACAGCCACAUUUUCCUCCAAUAAAAGCAUUCCUUUUUAUUAAUAUGAAAAAACCCCAACUCUGUGCUUCACAAAACCUCUAAGCAGACACGGUGGAAACCUGGGUGAGAUUCCAUUCUAAAAUAAACUAAAAUUCUGCAUCCAGUUUCUGCAGCUUGUCUAAAUUAUGUACUAAGCAAAUAUGCAUGAUCUUAUUUCCCAUGUGUUUUAUGCAGUUCUACAAUUUUCCAUUAUUUGUUCUACCUUUGUAUUAGGGAUUAGCAAGGAGCUAUGAAGGAUACUGAAGUCCAAGCCUUAAUUUCUGGAAAUUAACUCUGAUUUCAGCAGACUAAUUGCCCCCACACUAUAAAGCACCAGAAAACUGUGUUUUGGUGCAGGUGAGGUUAGCAGGAGUCCUACACCCCAUACUAUCCUGCGACUUUUCUCAGUGCUACUGAAGAAUCACAGAAUACAUGUAGCCUUGCUCCUAUUGGGUACAAUCCUGGGGAGCCAUUUCUACAUAUGCGAGGAACCCACCUUUAGGAGAAUUCCUUAAGAGAACAUUUGAAGGCUUCAGUCACUGACAUUGGGUGUUGCAGCAAUAACUACAAAUCUAGUUCCUCUUGCAUGCAUGAAGCCAGCUGGGAAUGGGAGAUUUAUACUUGGGAGUGUCAGAAAGCACCAGAAGUGGUAUUGAUAUUCACAAUAAUCAGAUGUACGGUGGGUGGAAACAUUAAGAGCUCAUAUUCAUAUGGACGUUUUAACAUUUGAGACCAGCUUCAAGAUGAGGAUGGCUGCAA